UGCUCUCUGCCUCGAGGUCCGUAAUUGACGCACGGUGCAGGGCCGGAAGGCGGGAGGGCAGCCUCCUCCGUGCGAUCUUCAAACAGGACAUCCGAGAUGCACAACGUCUUAUAGUUUGGCUGGCCAUCACUGGUCAUGCGGUGGGCCCGAAAUAAACUCCCUGCUUCAAAGGAAAGUGUUUCAGAACGGCCUGGCAGAGCAGCCAGGAGCUCGGGGCCAGGGCAGAAGGAAAACUCAGGGAGAAUGUUCUGAAUUAAGACACUCAAGAAAACCUUCUUUAGUCCCCCUGAAUCGUGUGCCCCUGUUUCAGAGCCUAACAGGGCUUUCUGGCUUGCUGCUUCCUCCCCCCCCACGGAGCACCACUCUUCUGGUGGCCAAGGUGAGAGGCGAGAGAGGAUGGCCACGGAGAUCAGCGCUCGGGGCAGACAGCGCGCCAUCGGGCAUGAGGAGUACAGUCUGUAUAGCAGCCUGAGUGAGGAUGAGCUGGUCCAGAUGGCCAUUGAGCAGAGCCUGGCUGACAAGACUCGGGGCCCAACCACUGCGGAGGCCACCGCGUCCACGCGCAUCAACCGCCAACCUGCCCAUUUCUACCCAUGGACCAGGUCGACUGUGCCUCCCGAGAACCCGCCCGCCUCGACCCCCAAGGGCCUGUUCCAAGGGGUCAUGCAGAAGUACAAGAACUCCCAGCUGGCGCCUGUGGACCCUGUGCUGAAGGCCAUCAAGGAAGGGGACGAAGAGGCCUUGAAGGCCAUGAUCAAGGCGGGGAAGAAUCUCGCAGAGCCCAACAAGGAGGGCUGGCUGCCGCUGCACGAGGCGGCCUACUACGGCCAGCUCCGCUGCCUAAAGGCCCUGCAGCAAGCAUACCCGGCCGUCAUCGACCAGCGCACCUUGCAGGAGGAAACGGCCCUUUACCUGGCCACGUGCAGGGGACACCUGGACUGCCUCCAGUCUCUGCUCCAGGCUGGGGCCGAGCCUGACAUUUCCAACAAGGCCCGAGAGACACCACUCUACAAAGCCUGCGAACGCAAGAACGCGGAGGCAGUGAGGGUCCUGGUGGAGUACCACGCAGACACCAACCACCGCUGCAACCGAGGCUGGACGGCCCUGCACGAGUCUGUUUCUCGCAACGACCUGGAGGUCAUGGAGAUCCUGGUGAGCAGAGGCGCCAAGGUGGAGUCCAAGAAUGCCUACGGCAUCACCCCCUUGUUCGUGGCGGCUCAGAGUGGGCAGCUGGAGGCCCUGCGGUUCCUGGCCAAGUACGGCGCCGACAUCAAUACGCAGGCCAGUGACAACGCGUCAGCCCUCUACGAGGCUUGCAAGAACGAGCACGAGGCUGUGGUGGAGUUUCUGCUCUCGCAAGGCGCGGACGCCAACAAGGCCAACAAAGACGGCAUGCUCCCGCUGCACAUCGCCUCCAAGAAGGGCAACUACAGGAUCGUGCAGAUGCUGCUGCCGGUGACCAGCCGCACGCGCGUGCGCCGUAGCGGCAUCAGCCCGCUGCACCUGGCCGCGGAGCGCAACCACGACGGGGUGCUCGAGGCGCUGCUGGGCGCGCGCUUCGACGUGAACGCGCCGCUGGCGCCCGAGCGCGCGCGCCUCUACGAGGACCGCCGCAGCUCCGCGCUCUACUUCGCGGUGGUCAACAACAACGUGUACGCCACCGAGCUGCUGCUGCUGGCCGGCGCCGACCCCAACAGCGACCUCAUCAGCCCCCUGCUCGUGGCCAUCCGCCAGGGCUGCCUGCGCACCAUGCAGCUGCUGCUGGACCACGGCGCCAACAUCAACGCCUACAUCGCCACGCACCCCACCGCCUUCCCCGCCACCAUCAUGUUCGCCAUGAAGUACCUGUCGCUGCUCAAGUUCCUCAUGGACCUCGGCUGCGACGGCGAGCCCUGCUUCUCGUGCCAGUAUGGCAACGGCCCGCACCCGCCCGCCCCGUCGCGCUCCAGCCGGUUCAGCUACACGUCCGCCAGCGACAAGGAGCCCGCCGUGGUCCAGUUCUGUGAGAUCCUGUCUGCCCCAGAGGUGAGCCGCUGGGCAGGGCCCAUCAUCGACAUCCUCCUGGAUUACGUAGGCAACGUGCAGCUCUGCUCACGGCUGAAGGAACACAUCGAGAGCUUCGAGGACUGGGCCGUCAUCAAGGAGAAGGCAGAGCUUCCCAGACCCCUGGCUCACCUGUGCCGGCUGCGCGUGCGGAAGGCGGUGGGGAAACACCGGAUAAAGCUGCUGGAUGACCUGCCGCUCCCCGGCCGCCUGAUCAGGUACCUGAAGUAUGAGAUCACCCAGUAGCCGAGGCCGUGGACUGUUUCACUAAAGCCUCAGGGCGGCGGCGGCCCCGGAUCCUGGCGGAAGGGACCCGGCAAUGGACCGAGGCUGUGGGCGGUCUCCCGGCCGGCUGGGACCACUUCUGUGACCUCGCCAGGUCUCUGGGCCAGAGCUUUGCCCGGACCAGAGAACAGAAUGUGUCAAGUAGGAGAAAAACCGUCUUCAUUUUCAAAAACUGCUGAGUAGACCCUGGACCCUCUGGGCCAUUGGGAAUGGCGGAACCUCCAUUCCUGGGGCUGGGGGGUGUGGCAGGGCGGCAGGGCAGAACUUGGGGUGAGGGCAGCCUGGCCCCAACCCUGGGCUGUGGCUGGAGCACUUUCACGGAUGAGUCUGCCUUUCCAAGACAACCUCGCCGCGGGGCUGUCUCUGUCCCCUCCCCACUGUGCUCCACCGAACUCUCCACUUGACUUCUGAGCUUUCUUCCUGGAGCUGUGGUCUGGUGGGGGGUGGGUGGGGGCCCACCUUCAGUACAAUAAAUGUUGCACAGAUGACACCCAGCCCAGCGAAGUCCCUCUCAUCAGACCCCCG